GUUUGUAUCUUGACAGCGGUCGAACCGGCCGAAGUCAUCGGGACUCGGGGAAAGACUUUACCGCCGCUGCCACUGCUCCUCUCCUGUCCGGCUUUUAAACGGAUAACUAAACAAAAAUAACGAACAAAGUUUCUGGAGGAUUUACCGGAUUGUAACGACUGUGGAUCCAGCGGUUACUUUUCUUCUCUCAGCGGUGUUUACUCUGUUUGUUUCCCCGAGGCUAGCAUCGGUUACUGCUGCUAAACAUGGUGGCCUGUCGGAGAGAAGAAGAAACGAGUCCAGUUUGGGGACUUUAGAGGAAUUCUUUUGGGACGGUUCUCCCUGUGAAACACCGCUGCCCUGGACACAUUACCAGCCCUUUUAUUAUUUCUGUUUUAUCUGGAGGUUUUUAGGACUUUCUUGCCUUUCUGUUGAAACAAGCUGGUGUUUUGUGGACCGCGGAUAAUUGUUAAACUUCAGAAGUUAUCACUAAAACACCUUUAAAGUUUGCAGGGAAAAGUUGCAAUAACAUGCACUUGGAAAAACUCGUCAAAUAGCGCCACGUUAUUAUUUAUAUUACGGAUGAUUCAGAUAAGAAUUGAUGCGCAGCCUGCAGGAACUACUUUUUAUCCUCUUGAGUUUCUUUUAACAGUCCCCCCCCUUUUUUUAGGUUUGAUUCCUUGUUAAUCUGUGGAUUAUUAUGGAUUAUUAUUAUGAUGGCCUAAUCCAAACUGCAUCAAACCGGGAAUUUUGGGAAUAACUGCUGAUACUGUUGCUGAUGAUGAUGACAGAGAAAAGCGAUGGUUUCCCUUCGUUAUGAUUUUGAGUAGAGAGGAGUUAAUUACAUGGAGACUCGCCUGACAUGCCAAGGAAGGAGUUGCCACUACCUGAGGGUUGGGAGGAGGCCAGAGACUUUGAUGGCAAAGUCUAUUACGUUGACCACAUUAACCAUUGCACCAGCUGGAUCGACCCCAGAGACAGGCAUACGAAGCCUCUGACGUUUGCUGACUGUAUUGGCGAUGAGCUGCCGGUGGGAUGGGAGGAGGCGUACGACCCCGCCGUCGGACCAUACUAUGUGGACCACAACACCAAGAGCACCCAGCUGGAGGACCCGCGGGCUCAGUGGCAGCGCGAGCAGGAGUUCAUGCUGCGGGACUACCUGGCCGUGGCCCGCGACGCGCUCAGCGCCCAGAAGGAGAUUUACCAGGUGAAGGAGCAGCGGCUCCGCCUGGCGCAGCAGGAGUACCGGCAGCUCCACGACGCCUGGAAGGACAAGUCCACGUCCCAGACCAGCUUGAAUUCCAGAUCGUCUUCGUCCAGCAAGUACGACCCGGACAUCCUAAAAGCAGAAAUAUCCACAGCCAAAAGUCGGGUGAACAAGCUGAAGCGGGACCUGGCCUGUAUGAAGCAGGAGCUUCAGUUCAAAGAACAAGGCUUUGAGACGCUCAAAGAGAUAGACCUGAAGGUGUCCAGCAGCCCGUAUGGCUUCAAGCUGCAGGAGGCGCAGAGCAUCCUCAGCGAGGUCCGCACCAUCCGAGACGCCAUCAGCUCUGGGGAGAAGGAGAAACAGGAACUCAUGCAGAAACUGGCGGUGCUGAAGGACAGUUUCCAGCUGGACUCGGGCUCUCAGCAGGAGCUGUGGGGCAGCAGUCCCUCGCUCGCUAACUCCGAGCUGUGCAUCCCGCGGCUGUACUCCGACGCCGGCUCGCAGACCGACAUCCCCGCUGAGUUCAUGACCAGCACCAACAAACUGGCAGAGAAGGUUCGUGUGAGUCUGCAGUACGAGGAGGCCAAGAGAAGGAUCGCCACCAUCGAGGUGCAGAUCGCAAAACUGGACAGCGAGGCGUGGCCGGGGCUGCUGGACCCGGAGCGGGACCGCCUCAUCCUCAUCAACGAGAAGGAGGAGCUGCUGAAGGAGCUGCAGUACGUCAGCCCCCGCCAGCGCCUGCAGCCCAACGACAAGGAGAAGCUGGAGUCUGAGAAGAAACGUCUGGAGAGAGACCUGCAGGCGGCCAGAGACAACCAGAGCAAGGCCCUGACCGAGAGGCUGAGACUCCACUGCAAGAGGAACAAACUGGUCCGAGAGCUGGAGGAGAUGGUCCGUCUGGCCACAUCCCUGCAUACUCAACUCAAAGGGCUGUCGGCCAGCACCCUGUCCUGCUCGUCGGGCAGCAGUCGGGGGUCUCUGACCUCCAGCCGCUGCUCGCUGGCCACCACCUCCAGUCUGGGCUCCACCUCCUCCCUCAGCUUCACCGACAUCUACCUGGAGCAGCCCGAGCUGGCCGACCCGGACUUCCAGAACAAGCUGGACAGCCUGCUGCAGGAGGGGGGGCAGGGGGGCUACCGGCCCUCCAGCUCCAUAACCACCAUCCACGAACACGAGGUGGUAACAGGCUCCGGAGAGACGCCUGAGGUCAGAGCCGGAGAGGUGGGAGGGGGUCCCGCUGGAGGAGGCGUGGCGGGGGAGUCGGGGUCGUCCAGGAUCCAGGCCCUCAGACUGUCAGAGACCCCCCGCUCCAUGAGCUCUUUGUCCCCCCGCUCCUCCCUGUCCUCUCUGUCUCCGCCCUGCUCGCCCCUGGUAACGGACACUAGCUUCCUGUCCGGGGAGACGUUCGCGGGCCAGGCGGGGCCGGGGGGGCUGAGCCUGGAUCUGGAGCUCCACAGCAGGCUGGCAGAGCUGGAACUCAGCCUGGACUCUCGGGAGCAGAGGCAGGAGGAGAGGGGGGGGCCGGAGACUCAGAACCACAACACAACACUGGGCGAGGAGGUCAAAGACUCGGCCCCCGAGCUUCAAGGGACGGGGGCGGGGCCAAAGAAGAUGGGCGUGACCUCAGCGGUGUCUGACGAGUCGGUGGCAGGAGACAGCGGCGUGUACGAGCCCUCGGAGCGCAGGCCGGGCCUCCCUGCUGACCUGCUCCUCGGCUCCUAUGACGAGCGGCUGGCCCUCGGCUGCUCUCAGGUGCAGCUGGGCUUCCGCUACGAGUCCAGAGACCAACGCUUCACCAUCUACGUCAUGCAGCUCUCCAACUGCAGCGCCCUCUGUCUGCCCGCUGACCAGAAAAUAUAUGUGCGUGCGGUGGUGCUGCCGUGCGCGGAGGCGUCCCGCUGCCUCUUCAGGACGCGCGGCUCUCUGCCACAGGACGUGGUGGAAGUCAACGAGGUGUUUGGCAUGCAGAUAUCCCACAGUGCUUUGCGGCAGAAGACACUGAGGGUCGACAUCUGCAACACCAGCAAGUCGGGCCAUGAAGAGUGUCUGGCGGGAGCCCAGAUCAGCCUCGCUGAUGUCAGCUGUUCGGAGGAGAAAUGCACCAAGUGGUACAACCUGCUGAGUCGCGCCUACAUGCCUGAGAUCAGCAGCAAGGACAAAGAGAGCCGAGCGGCCGGCAGCACUGACAGGCCUCGUGUUUCCAACAGUGACAGAGUGAGAGCUCCUGAGGACGAUGAAUGGCAUGGUGACCCCCUGGACAUCUUUGACGAUGAAGAAAGAAAUGGCGUGGAGGGGGUGGAGCCUGAAGAGGAAGAGUUUUAUACUGAGAGCAGCCAAUGGGAAGCAGAGGAAGAGGAAGUGGCGGUGAAGGAGAUCAAACCUCCUCCUUAUCGUGCACCAGUCAUCACCGAAAAGGUGAACAAAGAGACGAGCAUGGACAACUUGUCCCACCACAGCUCGGUGGUCCGACCUAAGGAGCGCCGGCCAGACGUCCACCAGCAGAACCCCUUCAUGAGGGGCAACACCAUCAUCCGCUCCAAGACCUUCUCCCCCGGACCCCAGAGCCAGUACAUCUGCAGGAUAAAUCGCAGUGACAGCGACAGCUCCACCCUCUCCAAGAAGUCUCCGUUUGUCAGGAACGCCUCGGAGAGAAGAAGCAUGCGCAUGAAGAAGCCCCCGGUGCCGGUGAAGGGUCUGGACGGCCUGCUGAGGACGUCCCUGGACCUGGAGCUGGACCUGCAGGUGUCGCGGACACGGCAGACGCGGCUGGCUCAGGAGCUGCGGGUGCUGCGGGAGCUGAAGACGCAGCUGGAGACGGCCAGGCAGCGCGGCCAGAGGGAGCUGCCCGCCUGGGUGCAGGAGGACGAGCGCUUCCGCAUCCUCCUGAGGCAGGCCGAGAAGCAGACUUGUGAGGAGCAGCUACACGAGAAGCGGGUGGAGAAGAUGAUGAGAGCGGCAGCCAAGGACGUCCACAAGAUCAGAGGCCAGAGCCGGAAGGAGGUCCCCGAGGUGCAGACCUUCAGAGAGAAGAUGGCGUUCUUCACUCGAGCGAAGAGCAACAUCCCCGAUCUGCCGGCUGACGACGUGUAGAGAAGCAUUUCAAAGUAUUUCCUCCUCGAGUCUUAACCUGCUGUUCCCAUUCAAAUGAAGCAAAUGUUUGGCGGUGUUAUGAAGAAUUUAAACAAACAAUAUUAAUAAUGUGUUUAGUAGAGAAAACACUCAAAACCGUGAAGAAACACAUUUUUAAAGAGCUCAGCAUUUUUAAUGUGGAUAGUCUAUGUUUGUAAAUUAGUGAUAGCACACAAGCUUUUCUUUUUUUUUAAUUAUUAUGUCACUCUCUUCCACUUUGUUUUGUGUUUCUGUUACUAACAGGCUGUUUAUAGGUGUGUAACAUCAUUCCAGCACAACGUCACAAAGCUGCAUACUGUAUGUGCAUACAGAGUUUUGUACUGAAAUGACACAUUUAGACACGAACAUAUAUAAAUGCAUAUUGACAGCACAAAACAAUGGUACUAAAGCUGAUGAUAAAUAGCAGAAAUGGAUAUCUUAAUGUAAGAGAUAUUUAACAUUGAUUUUCAAGCAAUGUGUUUUUGUUUUUUUAAACUAUAGACAGCACAGAUGUUUGUAUAUAAUCCUCAUCAGCAUGCAUCAUUUACAACACACACAACAACACAAGAGGAAAACUGGAGCGAGUCUUUGAUUUACAAACGUUACCAAAUGAACUGGAUUUGAUCAUUUAGGAGGCGACAUUCUUCUCAUUUUAGGUCGAAAGUUAAACGAUUGUCUCUCACCAGUUACGCUCAGCAAAGUGUACAAACAGCACUAACUCUCACUAGCACUCAGGUAGUUGAUCGGAUAGUCCGCACUUUAAGAAACUUGAGAUAAAAGUUAAAAAGAAAGGAAAAAAAAAGUGGGUUUUUGGAAAAAUCUAUAAAAUCCAAAAACCUUUGCCUCGAAUGCGCUGGAAUGAUUGUUAAAUGUUGAAGCACACAAAGAUUGUCAGACAGGAAGAUCAGAUGUAUUUUUGAAGACUGUGAACUAUAAGAGUUUUAACUUCAGACUUCCCUUCCCUCGAACUGGAUGUUUUGGAUACGCUCUGUAUCUAAAGUCGCUCUCAUGCCUCUUACAACUGGAUGUUCUGCAGCUGAUAUGUAAAAUGUAAGCAUGGUGCCCCAGCAAAACUGAACACAUCAAUUCCAUCCUUGUAUCUUUAAACUAGCUAUGGUUUAAAAGACUAUGUAUUGUUAUGCUGCCCCCAAGAGGCCAACAAAAAUGCAGGUUUUUAAUUCCUACUUCCUGUUUCCUGCUCUUCAACUGACCCAAAAUAAUUGUCAGAAGAUAAAGCAACAUGUUUAAUUGCAGGAGGUUUGCUUAAAUCAAACCACCCUUUUGAGGAAUGUCGAAAUACAGGUUUUAAGGUUUUCUUAAGUUUUUCGAUUUAAGUUAAAUUCAACACAAAAACCAAAUAGUCUUAUUUAUCAAUAAACAGGUUCAUGUGCAAGUAACCUUUGUUAGCACUGCUAGUAUUGCUGCUUUCCUGUGGGUGCAACAUGUAAAAAGAAUAUUCUGAAACAAUUGGAUUUAGAGUUAAAUAGAUAAUGGGUUAAAGUGUCACUUCAGGUAUUAAAACUGUCUAAAAUAUAUCAAAUGUCCUAAUUAUAGAAGAUAAUGACAUGCUAAUUUGGACAAGGGUCUAAUUAGUAGUUCCAACUUCAUCUGUUCAUCAUUCAUCUGUUAUAUUUUGGCACUUGCGUAGUAACAUGUGUUGGCUAUCAGAGGAGGCGGAUAUUUCCCUCGAUGCUUUGAGUGCAGAACGUCUUUUAUCGGUACGUGCAGAGCGGCUCUUAAUCCUCACCUCUGGCAUGAAGUCAGUUCACUGUUUGUGCUCUGGCGAUGUGAUUUAUAUUCAGCUCAGUGAGGACUUACGAUGUCUAACUCUGUUUCCAAGGCAACCGGAUUAUAAAUCAGCAGCGGACCUCGACUAUUGGUUGGUGGCUCUUUGUGGAAGUACCUGAACGAUGAGCAGCUGUUGGCGCUUUAUUCAACAUUUCAACGGUGCUAAAACAAAACUCCUACGGCGAUAAAUCACUUUUUUUGUUGACAUAUUUUAAUAUUUGAAAUCUUUGCUCAUAUAGAAGACAUGACUCUGAUGUAUUUUAAGCAGAUUUGAUAUUUAUAAUGAAGAAACCCCACUCCAAAAUUAGUAGAAUGCACCCACUGGCACUAAAUCAUUUCACAUUUUCAAUAUGAUGGAUUGAAAAACUAAGUCAGUUCCGUUUUAAUUUUGUAGCACUAAAUCAUAUUGGCACUCAAACUACAAAACAGUUGAUGGAGGACCAAAAAAAAUGACAAAAUAUCAAAGAAGGUCGGACACCAUUGUAGAGCAGCAAAUCGGAUCAGGAAAAAUAAAGAGUGACAAAAACAAGGAUUUGUACUUGUAUAAAAGUGGCAAAAUCAUGUGUUUUUCACGCACUCUUGGGGUUAUAUCAUUGACAGGACUUCAGUCUUAAAGUGGAUCUGAAGUUUCUUAACCUGUGACUUUUGGAACAAAUGACUCGCAGACUUUCAGCGCCGUUAUGCUCAGUGUUCCUCUCCUGCUGGGUCACCAUGCUCUUCAUGUGUUGGUACUUUGUAUAAGUAUCCACCACAUGGUGCAAUCCUUCAUGUUAUCAUGUCUCAAUUCUCAGUGUAAACAGGAAUGUCGCUGAUGAAAACCUCUGCCGCUGUCAUUCCAGAUGUUUCUCUGUUUCACUGUUUGUAGGUAAACAGCAGCUCAUAACAUGCUUGAAAAAUAGAUCAGAUCCAGCAAAGACCUUAAACCUUUGUCUCUUGGUUUAUGUGUAUGUUUAACACCAACGGAGGGAGUUGAUUUUUCUUGUUGGCUCUUUCCACUUUCUGUCCGUUUCCCCCUCAUCCCCACCAUCCCCCUCAUCCCCCUCAUCCCCCUCCAAUCCUUAAGUUUAUCUCCCAAAAGUCCCAACAAUUUAAAUCAGCCUCGUUUCUGAUAAUUACAUAUAGUUUUUAAUCCACAAGAAAAAGAACAGGCACAACACAUAUCCAGUUACUAGUAGGAAUAUUCACCACACAUUCUGGUAAAAGUAGGAAUAUUUUUUGCACAAGUGUUAAUAAGAACAAUACAUAUCACACAAAUAGAUAACCACAGUUCUUCUCACCCCGUCUAGGAAAACACACAUAAAAAACUUGAUAGGAAGUGAAUGAAAUGCUGUGAGGACGUUCACGCUGAGGCUGCGUUCACACUGCAGAGAGGAAGCGUUUUAUUCUGGCUGCCUUCAGUCUGAACCGUCCUGUUUCUGAACUAAACAUUGAACAACAUAUUUAUACCAAAGAUUUAACCCCUGAUGCACAAACACAUACAUAAAGGACUCUGAUGUUCUUGUGGCUCAGUGAUCCAAAUAGUACUUUAUCUUUAGAUGUGAAAAGUGUAUCAUCUGCACAUAUUGGGAUCCAACACAAUAAUAAUAAUACAUUUGAUUUAUAUAGCGCUUUUCCUGGUGCCAUAAAGUCUAUAUUUUCAUUUACGAUGUAUAAAUAAUACUUUUUAUAGAGAAUUCAAAUAUACAUUUUAAGCAACAAGGUCAUACUUCCCCCACUUUGUAAAUAAAAAAGGGUCAAAGAAUUGUAAACAAAUCUUAUAAUCCAUAACAAAAACCUCCAUAUUCACCAUAUAUAAUUGAAUAUAUACAUUUUCCAACAGUGGCAUGAAACUUUGGAAACACUAAAAAUAAUACACUUUUUUGGAUUGAAGCUUCUGAACCACAGUUUGAGUUUCUUCUUCUGAGAAACAUUUUUAGAUAAUUAUGCAUCCUGAAUGUGUGAAGCAAAAUCCUUUUCUUUCAGCUGUUGACAUGAUAGCAUCUUGACUCAUCCCACAUGUAUUUCUCCCCUCAAUUUAACGACAUCUAAUACACUAUAAUGCACCACUUUCUCUUUGCUGAAUCGCUCUACUGUCACGGCUUAGGGGAGCAACAAACAAGUAGUUUGAAUGCCGAUCAGACUGUUCAGACUGAAAUCAUAAAAAGAUAUGUAUUAAAUCGAGGAGUAACGAUGAAAAACCUCACAAUUGUCAUGUUUACUUUUUGUGGGAAAGAGUCACAUGACAGGUCUGGUUUCCUCGCGCAGUGUGAACGCAGCUCUGAACUCUGACGGUCUGAGGGUUUUACUGUAACGGGAUCACUGUGAAAUUAAUGAAAACCUUUGGAGUUAUGUGAGAGUGUGUGCCUUUCGGAGAGCAACCAUUGUUUGUUUGUUUGUCUUAUAUGUCCAAACCUGGCUGCCAUGGUGUGAUCUGAAGCUGUCAAUGUAGAGAAGGGUUUGCAUUAAUGUUCCUAAUGUCAACAGUUGUUUUGUUUUCAUCCACUGUAGAGCAGGUAGUUUGAAAGAAUAGGACUCUGAGGAACAGUACUGUCUGUCUGUAAGAACUUUGUCAUGAUCGAUUGAAUGUUGUUUAACCGCUAAAUCAAAAACAUUUAUAUAUAACAACAUCUGGAUGAAGGAAUGUAGGUUCUUGGCUACGAGAAAUCACAAUCAUUCAGAGAAAAAAACAUGCUGGUAGUCACACGUAAUUAUUAUUUUUCAUCAUGUAGAUUGUGAUAUAAUUCGUUUGUUUUUUGAAGUUCAAGUGCAUUUGUUUUCCUUUUAUUUGAUUAUUGUUUUUUCCCCUAAUGAAUCUGUUUGUAUUACGACUGGUGAUGAAUCUGGUAAUGUGUAUGGAGGCGGCUAUGAGAAACACACAGCAUGUAUUUAUUGCACUUCGUGAUUUGGGUGUGCUUUUCCUGUUUUUCUUUUUAUCGCGAGAGUCCCGAAAAGCUGUGAAUUGUAUUCUCAGACACUGUACUAUCGACCAGAGUUGUAAAUAUUUCACCAGCACAAAAAAUACCAAACAAUAUGUUUUGUAGUUUCACAACAAAUAAAAAAGUUCUUCUCUUCUAA